AUGAAUCAUUCAAAAUCGACAAAAAAUAAGUUCAACAUUGAAGAUUGUUCUGAAUCAGAGUAGGAAGAAACACAAAGAAAAUCUUUGAAUGCUUAAUCUUAAUCCUUAUUUUAAACAUCCCUCUUUGGUGGAUUAGACUCUUCAGUUAAACAAUUUAAAAAGAAACCAAUAGUGAAAAAAUCUAUGACAGAGUUCCUAAACAAUUAUGAUUAAAACUUUGAUGAUGUAUUUGGAAGUAUGAAAAUGCCAAUAGAUGUAAGUCUAGAUCAUUCAGAAAACAAAAAAAGUGCUCACAACAAUAAUAACAAUAACAAUAAUAAUAAUAAUGGAUAAAAAAGUAAUAAAAAGUAGACAAAAAAGAGACCAAUAGAAACAGUAAAUUCAGAAUCAGAAUCUAAUUCAGAAAUUUAGACUACAAUUAAAAAAUAAUCAAAACCAAAUAGAAAUGGAAAGAAGAAGUAAUCUAAAAGAAUUGUGGAUUCAGAUUCAGAUGAAAACAAAGAAUAGGUUGAAAAGGUUGAAAACAAAAUCCCUAAAAAAAGUUAACCAAAAAAAUAAAUCAAAACCAAUAGUAAAUAAUCAUCGGAAGAAUAAUCUAGUGAAAAUAAAAAGUAUAAUCCCAAUUCAGUUGAUCUACCAUAAAAUAGUAAAAAAGACAAGAAAGGGUAAAAAUUGAAAACAGCAAUAUUUAAUUUUGGUACCGAGGAACCAGAAAAAUAAGCAUCAUCAAAUAAGAAAACUAAAAAGGAUACACCAAAAAGAUAGACUCCUAAAACAAGAAGCAAGAAAUAGGUCGAAUAAGAUGAUGAUUCCAAGGAUGAUAAAAUUGAAUAAUUAAUUAAAGAAUAUCAAAAAGAAGAACAAGAAUUGAAAAAGAGUCUCACAAAUAGAAAGGAUAAGGGAACAAAAGACAAUGGAACUAAAGAAAAAGUGGAAAAUAAAGAUAAAAACAAUAUAUUAAAUGGUAUUAAAAAAAGUUAUCUGACCUCAGAAUGCAGUCCAAAAACAAAAUCAGAUGAAGAAGAUGAUAUUGAUGAUUCAUGA